UUUUCCCAUUUCACUCAAUUCUUCAACUCUCUCGGAUCUACCCCAGCUCCAUUCCCUCUCCUUCACGACUCUAUGUAACCGCUUGCGACGUUGUGCGUCGCCUCCAGCCACCAACUUAGCCACCCACAGCAGCAGCGCCCCCCCCCCUUAAAAAAAAAAUCAUUGAAGUUGUGAGACCCAACCACAACGCCUCUCUCUCCCUCUGUUUCUCUCACUUCAGUCACAACCUAGCUGAUUUCCAGCACUCCCACCAGGCGGCCGCCUCAUGCCAGUGCGUGUGUGCGUUUCUCCCUGAUUUUCUUUCCUUCAUUUCUGUUUUCGGCAUUUGAGAUUGAUUUUGGGAAAUACAUGUCGCACGGUUGCUAACUCUCUCAUCUUCCCAGCUUCAGAAUCGACAUCAACGAUCCGAAUCUACAUCUCGGCAGCCAGGGUCUUUUGCUCCAGCACCAUUGAAGGUGCAGAGAAGCCUUCUUCUCGCUCUUCCCCUGCUGAAUCUUGGGUACCCAGACAAAUGGUUAUGCUGGCUUGAGUUUCAAUAGUGAAAAAUGAAGAAAGUGGCGAAGAAGAAGAACCCAUUAGUUUUUAUGGAUGUGUCUGUUGAUGGAGAUCCUGCUGAAAGAAUGGUUUUUGAGCUUUUCCCCGAUGUUGCUCCCAAGACUGCUGAAAAUUUUCGUGCACUUUGUACAGGAGAAAAGGGGAUUGGUCCUAAAAGUGGAAGACCACUACACUACAAGGGAUCAUUUUUCCAUCACAUAAUCAGGGGUUCCUUUGCGCAGGGUGGCGAUUUUGUUAAACGAGAUGGUACCUGUGGAGAGAGCAUAUACGUGGAAGAUUUUCCAGUUGAGUCACCCAGCUUAAAGCACGAUGGGCCUGGUCUUUUAUCAAUGGCAAUUGCUGAUCGAGAUACUUUAGGCUCUCAUUUCAUUGUCACCUUUGAGGCUGAUCGUCAUCUUGACAGGAAGCAUGUUGUCUUUGGGAAACUUGCUCAUGGACACAAAGUACUGAGGAAAAUUGAAAAUGCGGGUGAUGAAAAUGGAAGGCCGACUGUAACAGUUAAAAUCAUCAAUUGCGGUGACUUUAGUGAGAACAGGAAAAAGGCAAAUAAAUUGAAAAUAGGAAAAGAUGUACCUUCUGAUGCAAACAAUCAUGAAGCACGACGGAAGGGAAAGCACAAGAAGUCAUUUAGAGAUAGGAGGAAAAGGAGAAGAAGAUACUCUUCAUCCGAGUCAGAGAGUUCCUCAGAUACUGAGCUGGAAUCAUCUGAAUCUGGUAGCGACUCCGACUUGGAUUUAUCAUCCUCAUCUUACACUAGUUCUCCAAGUGAUGACAGGCGCAAGAAGAGGAAGAGAUCUUCUAAGAGAGAUAAAUAUAGAAGGGGAAAAAGAAGUGAUAAACACCAGGAAAAAAGGCGAAAGAAGCGUGAUAAGAGAUCCAAGCGCAGAGCAAGAAGAACGUCGGAUAGUACUACUGAUAGUGAGAGCAGGAGUGAAAGUAGCUCUGAUAGUGAUGAGCUUGAUGUUCCUGGAAAAGAUCAGAAGCAGAACAAUCAUUCUCAGAAGACUGGAUGCAUGGAUAUCCUUCUGGAGAAAACUGCUACCACCUCAGUAAAAAAAUAUGCAUUACUUUUUUGGGAGGAAGUGCACAAAUCCCCCAAUGAGAAUGGAGAGCACAGAAGCAAUGGCAUAGAAGCAGAUGCUAAAUCCGAUGGGAGCGGAGAUAGAAAACCUGACAUAGUAGAUGAUUACCCAGAAAAAUCUAGGAGCCGAAGCACAAGUCCUAAGAGGCAUAGAAGUAUGAGUAUUAGUCCCAGGAGUCUGGGCAGAAGCCCAAGUGUUAGUCCCAAACGGAGUCUGAGCAGAAGUCCUUGUAAUCUUAGUAGAAGCCCCUCUCUUGGACGAGCAAGGAGCAUCAGCAGAAGUCCUGUUAGAAGUGAUAGCAGUAGCAGUCCAGUCAGAAGUGUCAGCAGAAGUCCAGCAAGCGGCAGGAAAGGGAGAAAUAUCAGUGGGAGCCCAUUGGGAGCUCGGCCUCGAAGAAAUGUUUCUGAGAGUCCUGUUAGGUCCCCACCGGGAAGAAGCGAAAGCAGGAGUCCACGGAGAACCUUAUCAAGAAAAUCAAUUAGCAGAAGCCCUAUAAAAGUUUCUAGAAGAAGCUUAGGCAGAAGCCCAAUCAGAUCUCCGAGAAGCAUGAGCAGAAGCUCAGGUAGGGCCCCUUCAAGGAGGAUUAGCCGAAGUCCAUUUAGGCCGCCAAUCCGGAAUAAUCAUUGCAGUUAUUCCAGGAGCCCUAGCCCUGCACACUGGAACAAGUCACCCCCUGACCGAGGAAGGAGUUUGUCAAGAAGUGUUUCCCCAGAUGGGUCUCCCAAGCGUAUCAGAAGGGGGCGUGAUUUUAGUCAGCGGUACUCUUAUGCACGGCAAUACAGAACUCCGUCUGCAUCUCCUGUGAGGUCUUAUCGUUAUGGUGGUAGAAGUGAUCACGACAGAUAUUCAAGUUACAGAAGGUAUUCCCCUAGACGUUACCCAAGCCCACCAAGAGUGAGAAGUCCUCCAAGAUACAGAAGCAGAAGAAGUAGGACACGAUCUGUAUCACGAAGCCCACCCUACCAUAAUCGGCGCUACAGCUGUAGCUGUAGCCCCAUACGCAGCCGUUCACCAGUUGAGAUCUAUAGAUCUCGUGUGUCUCCAAGGGCUGAGAGGAGAUCACUUUCUAGGAGCAGAAGCCCAUUGGAAUCAAAGUCCUCAUUGGACUCUCAAUCUCCUAAGCGGGCAAGCAAAGACAGGUCAAGGUCAUUGUCCGGAAGCCUGGAUGGUAAGAAGGGCCUGGUCUCUUAUGGAGAUGGUUCUCCUGACUCAGCCCAAAGGUGAAAUCAUGGCAUUGAUAGAUUGUUCUGGAGGAACUCGCAUUGUCUUUUAUGUAUUGGAGGUUUGCCUUUUUUAGCUGGACCUUGAACUUAUGUUUUUCAGUGUCGCAAGAGAUUGCAGUUGCUAGUUAAAUAUUUAGCUGUGAUGUUUUCCAUUUAGAAAUUUAUCAUUGCUGGAAUAUUUUUGAGGAUGUGUUUUGUUAAAUUGAGAAUAAUAUGUAGAACUUGAAAAAUGAUGUGUUAUUGAAUUCAGAGAUACAGGUUAGAGAUUGUUGCUUAAAUCUUAACGUCAACUGAGAUGAAUGCCUAUCUA